CAGCUCCACACCGCUGACUUCAUAUCCGCCCGCAGCUUGUCGUGCUUCCUGCUUUUGCUGAGGGAGGGGACGGUGCUGACGGCUGGGAGGACGAAAGGGGAGACAAGAAAGCUUUUGGGAAGAUAUAAGAGAGUGGGGAACUGCCCAGGUUUCCACCGUCCGUCGGGAAAAAAAAAAAAACUAAUUUGCUGUAGCUGCUGAAUUUGUCACCGAAUCGGCGCAGAAAAUGUCGACCAGUCGUCAGUUUAGCGAGAGCAGGGCCAUCCCGACCAGGACGGUGUUGAUCAACGACACAACGCAGCUACCUCAUGACUAUUGUACCACCCCUGGAGGCACUUUAUUUUCUACCACUCCUGGAGGAACCCGGAUCAUCUAUGACCGCAAGUUCCUACUUGACAGGCGUAAUUCUCCUAUUGCCCAGACUGCCCCAGCUCACCUGCCCGUCAUCCCUGGAGUGACCAGCCAAAAUGUCCUGAGAGAGAACAAGAAGAAUGAAGCCAACAACCACAUCAACAAACAUGAUGGCAAGCCCAUAACCGAUGAUGCUCAGUUUGAAAUGGACAUCUAACAGAAUGGAACCAUACCAGCAAAAGCAAAUGACCUGGCAUCACACAUGCCAGUGGCUUGGCUUGUAGAAACCAAUGUUGUGAGCCCUCAUGGCAGCCAUCUUCUUUAGCUCUCUGUCUUGCUGCUGGAUGUAAUGUGUGUAAACCAUGGGGAUUCAGUGUAUCAUACAUACAGGUACAGUGUGGCCAACUCUGGAAACUGUUUAUUUGUAUAGAUAUUCCAUGGUUACCAGUUGCUGUACAAACAAAGAGGGAGCGGGUCUGAAUAUUAUGUGCUCACAUUGUCCAAUUAGUAGACUGCAGUGCUCAUCCUCCAGUGUUCUGUGAGUCUGGAUCUUUAACAGAGCACACUGUGAAACUGACAAUAUUCCACGUUAAUUGGGGGAGGAAGUGGUCAUUCUUUGGUACUGGCCUUAGAAUCAGUCAAAAGCUUUGAUAUUCAUCACAGUCUUUGGUUUUGAAGACCCUUGUAAGCAUGCUAUUUGGUUUUAUUUCUUUUAGGAACUACUUGAAAAGCUCCACAAUCUAUUAUUGGUUUGGACAAUUUAGUUUUCUGUGAUGGUACGCAAAGGGACGCUGUGUUGUUGUUUUUUAUUUUGCAGUUAGGUGAAGAUUUCAUGGCAUUCCAAGACUUAAGUUUCCAUUUCCAUCUUUUUUAAAGAUUUUUAGGCCGUGAUUUAAUUGUUUUGUAAACAUUAAAUUAUUGUAUUUCCCACUAUCACGUAAAUCUAAUUAUGAAUCUGACAAUUGAAAACAAGCUUUUCAUUUAGAAUUAAAUUUCAGAACAGAAUAACAAUAUCAAGCCACCCUAUUCAUCACUAUCAUGACCUUGCUAUACAUGUUAUUUACACAUUUCCUGCUGAGAAAAAAUAAUACGCUUUUUCUCCAGAGUUAAAAGGUGCAGUAGGUAAGACUUAUAAAUCUAACUUUCUGUCAUAUUUGCUGAAACUGUCCCUAUGUUCCAGUAGA